AUAUUAACCAAUUCGUAUUGAUGGAGCAAGAUGUUAUCUCCAAUAUUUUUCACCUAAAACACUUCUUGUUGAGCUUCAGCUUUAGCUUCGUUGUUGCUUACUGAAAAUUUCUCUCAAUAUGGGAAAUAUUGUGUCUUUCCAAUGUUCUGGUGUUGAAGUACUGGAUCGUAUCAUUGGAUGUUUAUGUGAUAAAGGUUAUAUUCGAACCCUUAAGGAGAAUCUUAGGGCUCUGGAGAGGGAAAUGGAAGAUCUCAGAGCAAUAAAAGAUGAGGUGCAGAACAAGGUAGUGAGAGAGGAGACACGCCAUAAACAAAAGCGUAAAGCUGUCCAGGUAUGGCUUACCCGUGUUGAGAGCAUCGACACAGAAUUUAAUAAUGUGCUUAGUGCUAGUCCCGUUCAGCUUCAAAAGUUGUUUUUCUGUGGUUUAUGUUCUAAAAAUGUAUGUUCGAGCUACAAUUAUGGGAAAACCGUAUUCUUGUUGCUCGAAGAGGUUAGGAAACUCAACUCGGAGGGUAAUUUUGAAGAGGUUGUUGAGCCAGCUCCGACAUCUGAAAUGGUGGAAAGGCCUACUCAGCCUACGAUUGGUCAAGAUAGAAUGCUGGAGAAGGCAUGGAAACGCCUUAUGGAAGACAAUGUCGGAAUCAUGGGUCUGCACGGUAUGGGUGGUGUAGGCAAAACUACACUCUUCAAGAAAAUCUACAAUAAGUUCUCUGAAAUAGCUGGUACGUUCAACGUUGUGAUCUGGAUCGUGGUGUCUCAAGGCGCAACGAUAUCAAAGCUUCAAGAAGAUAUUGCAGAUAAACUACACCUUUGUAGCGACGAGUGGAAGAACAAAAGUGAAAGUGAUAAGGCCGCUGAUAUAUACGACGAUUUAAAAAGGAAGAGAUUUGCUUUGAUGCUUGAUGAUAUAUGGGAGGAGGUGGAUUUAGAAGCCAUUGGUGUUCCCUUUCCGACAGAAGAGAAUAAAUGCAAAGUAGCAUUCACCACUCGUUCUCAGGAAGUAUGUGGGCGGAUGGGGGAUCAUGACGCAAUGGAAAUCAAAUGUUUGGAACGAGAUGAAGCAUGGGAAUUGUUUAAAAGCAAAGUCGGAGACAAUACAUUAAGUAGAGAUCCAGGCAUUGUCAAGCUAGCAAGAAGGGUUGCUGAUAAGUGUCGUGGUCUGCCACUAGCGCUUAAGGUAAUUGGUAAGGCAAUGUCAUCUAAAACUACAGUACGAGAAUGGGAGCAUGCAAUGGAUGUUUUGACAAGAUCCGCUGCAGAGUUUUCUUCUGACAUGGAAAAUAAAAUUCUUUCAAUUCUGAAGUUCAGCUAUGAUAGCUUGGGGGAUGAACAAAUCCAGUCUUGUUUCUUGUAUUGUGCUCUGUUUCCAGAAGAUGAAUUGAUAGAUGUUGAUGACUUGAUACACUUAUGGAUAUGCGAGGGAUUCCUGGGGGAAUACCAAGUUAUAAAAGAAGUGUAUAAUAAGGGUUAUGCUAUGCUUCGUACCCUUCUCCGUGCAAAUUUGCUCACAGAGAGUGGCACAGAAUCUGUUGUGAUGCAUGACGUGCUUCGGGAAAUGGCUCUGUGGAUUGCAUCCGAUUUUGGGAAACAAAAAGAGAAUUUUGUUGUGCAAGCAAACGUCGGAUUAGUUGAAAUACCACAAGUCAAGGAUUGGGGAGCUGUGAGAAGGAUGUCAUUAAUGAAGAAUAAGAUUAAAGAGAUAACAUGCAGCAGUUCCAAGUGUUCUCAACUUACAACUCUGUUCCUUCAAAAGAAUCAGUUGAAGAAUCAAUCAGGUGAGUUCAUACGGUCUAUGAAAAAGCUAGUUGUUUUGGAUUUGUCGAAGAAUUCCAACUUGAGUGAACUUCCAGAGCAGAUAUCAGAGCUGGACUCCUUGCAGUAUCUUGACUUGUCUUAUACAAGUAUAGAGAAACUGCCGGUUGGUCUCCAAGAGCUGAAAAAGCUAACUCACCUGAUUUUACAUGCUACAAGGAAACUUCGUAGUAUCAGUGGGAUAUCAAGGUUGGUGAGUUUAAGAGUGUUGAGUCUGUUUGGAUCUAGUGUUCAUGGAGAUGUUAGUGUAUUAAUGGAGCUGCAGCUCUUGGAGAAACUACAAGUUCUAAUGAUAACGGUAUCGGAGGAGUUAAGUUUGGAGCAUAUAUUAUUAGGGGAUCAAAUCAAAAGGUUGGCAAACUGCAUAACAUAUCUGGAGAUUAUCGAUUUUCAAGAAAAGCCACUCGAUUUAUCAUCCUUGCCGAGUAUGGAGAAUCUUAAUGAGCUCAUUGUGGUCAGUAGUCAUGUCGUGGAGAUUUAUACAGAUAUAAAAUGCAGAGAAAGCGAGACAGACUCGUCUCACGAACGCAAUCCGAAAAUUCCAUGCUUUACCAACCUCUGCAACGUGCGUAUAGGCAACUGCCAUAGCAUUAAGGAUCUGACUUGGCUAUUGUUUGCUCCAAAUCUUACUGUUCUAUACAUUGAAGAUUUAAGAGAAGUGGAAGAAGUUAUAAACAAAGAGAAAGCAACCGAUCUUACAGGUAUUACCCCAUUUCAGAAACUACAAAUCUUAGAUGUGGAUGAUUUGCCGAAGCUGGAGAGUAUCUACCGGAGUCCUCUCCCCUUUCCAUUUUUGAGGCGCAUAAGUGUAUGGGUCUGUCCAAAGCUGAGAAAGUUUCCCUUAAAUGCUACAAGUGCUCCACGACUUGAGGAAUUUGAAAUAUAUACGGAACGGAAGGAUCCAGUACAUGAAAAUGACCUUGAAUGGGAGGACGAAGAUACAAAAAAUCGUUUCUUGCCUUCAAUCCGUGGGCUGCUGCGGAAGAAGGUCUAAAAAAUCCAUUACUCAGGAUUGGGAUUCCUCACUUUCUGAAAUCAGAAUCCACGCUCUUCUUCUUCUUAGUACUUUCUCUGUUCUUGUGGUGUGUGUGUUGUGCAUUUGGAUUGUAUAAUUGAUUUUGCUUUGCAUUUGGAUUAUAUUUGUGGAGUGUGUUGUGGACCUGUGGUUGUUCACUUGGAUUGCGGUUUUCAUUUUCCAAUUGCUAUUCCUCAAGUCAUCAAAUUGAUGAUUUGAAAAUGUA